AUAUUGGCUGUUUGGAGCCAAAAUUAUCUAUUUUUUCGCUUGGCGGGAAAGCUCAUUUUCUCAUUAAAAAAAACAAUAAAUUAUACAAAGAAAUAGGAAUUCGAAGAGGUGUGGAAAAUUUCAGUUUUCGGCUAUCAUUUCUGAAGAAAAUCUGAAGGAAAACAAGGGAUUUUUGGCUUGAGCUAUUGAGAAAUCUGAGAAAUUCAGAGUUUUUCUUUUUGUGGGUUGAUUUUCUCAGGAAAAUUUAAGAAAACCCUAGAUCAGAGGGGUGUUUUUGUUCUCACUCGAAUCUUUCCCUAUCUUCUCGAAGACCCUUUGUGUUAUUGGGGGGUUUUCGUCGAUUUGUAUUGUCUUUGAGAGAGGGCAAGCACAAUUAGGGCUCAAUGGUGGACGUAGUGGUGAUCGAUCCGGAAGAAUCGGAGAAGACAGAAAUGAACAGUUCAGAUCAAAGCAACAGUGCGAAGAAAUCGUUGAAGAGGAAGAGAGCUUCAUUGAUCGAGUCACUGAGUACAGAAGAGAGAUUGGCUCGGAUCGAGGCUUUACGCGAAGAGCUCGAUGGUUUGUUCAAGUAUUACCGAGUGGUUUUGGAUGAGAAGGUGAAUUUGGAUCUGAACAACUGUAAUUCGAACAAUUCGAGGAUUGCUUGCUUGCUCGAAGAGAGCAAUCUUCCCCUGUCGAAGUUGGUCGUUGAAGUUUACCAUAAAUUGAAGGCCAAAGAUGGCGAAAAUGGUCUUAGUAUAACUCUUGCUUCUGUGAAGAGUUCUGUUCUUCUCAUUGGGCAGAGAUGGUUCUAUGGAGUGCCCAGUGCGGACGCUGAUGUGUUGGAGGACGAGACCGAGUCGUGCCUUUGGUGUUGGGAGACAAGAGAUGUAAAAUUGAUGCCGAAAUCUGUGCGAGGAGCACUGAGAAUUCGUAGGACUUGUCGGAAGAAGAUACAUGAAAGGAUAACUGCUGUUUCUGCAAUGAUAAAUGCAUUACAGAACUCAGAGAGUCCUCAGAGCAAUGGACAUGAGCAGGUGAAAGCAUCAGAGAGGCUUGUCAAAGUGUUAAAUGAGGCAGAUAUUCGCCUGUUAGUUGAAAGCAUGGCGCAGAAAAAUGGUUCUGAUAGGGCUGACAAGGAAGCAAAAAAAGAAGAGAAAUUGAUAAUCAAGCAAUUAGAGAGAAAUAAACGAGAAGUUGAAAAGGAGAAAAAAAGAGUGGAAUGGGAGCUUCAGAAGGAGAAGCGGCAAAGUGAAAAAGAGCUAAAACGAUUACAGGAUGAGGCAGAGAAAGAGGAAAGGCGUCGCCAGAAAGAAGAAUCUGAAAUGAAGAGACAGAUAAAAAGGCAGCAAGAGGAAGCAGAGAAAGAUCAACGACGUCGUGAAAAGGAAGAAGCUGAAUUGAAAAAGCAACUUGCUUUCCAGAAGCAAGCGUCACUCAUGGAACGCUUUCUCAAAAGAAGCAAGAAUAAUUUGGCUUGCCAGAAUAACCAGUCUUCAACCAAAGAAAUGACUUCUGAGACAUCCCCUAACAUGAGUAAAACUAUGCCUGAAUCGGUUACUCAUUUAAUGGACUGUGCUCUUUCACUAAAAAAUGGGAUUAAUACAGACAAUAUUCGCAAGUCACACUUGAUAUCUUGGUGUCGCUUGGGUCAUUCAAUUCGUUCAAAUAGGAAACAACAUUGGGGCAUGAGGCAAAAGCCUAAGACAAAAUUGAUCAAGGAAAUUAAGCUCACUGUAAGUAGAGGACUUUCCCGUGAUGAUGAGUUGAGCAUAGAGAAGCUUGUUGAUGGAUGGGAUGAAAUGAGUGUUGAUGGUGAAUCCAAUCAUAAAAAUGGAGACAAUUCUCUUUGUAGUGGCCAGAAGCGUAGUAGGAGUAAACAGUUGUUGCAAUUUGAUAAGAGCCAUAGGCCUGCAUUUUAUGGUAUCUGGUCUAGGAAAAGUCAAGUUGUUGGACCACGCCACCCCUUUGUGAAAGAUCCAGACUUGGAUUAUGAUGUUGAUAGUGAUGAAGAAUGGGAAGAGGAUGAACCUGGUGAAAGCCUAUCCGAUUGUGAUAAAGAUGAUGAAGAGGCAAUUUUAGAGGAAGGAUAUUCAAAAGCUCAAGAUGAAGAUGAAAGUGAAGAUGGUUUCUUUGUACCUGAUGGAUAUCUCUCAGAAAACGAGGGAGUAAAUGACAGAAUGGAUUCUGAUCACUUAGUUGAGGAGGCAAAAACUUCACCGAGUUGUAAACUGGAGGUGGAGGGUGAGGAGUUCUGUUUAUUUAUUCGACAUCAGAAGUGUUUACAUAAUUUGACUGAGAGUGCUCUUCGCAAGAACCAGCCUUUGAUUAUAUCGAAUCUAAUGCUUGAAAAGGCUCCAUUGCUCGUGGCUGAAGAUCUUACUGGUACUCUGAAACUUGAGCAGAUGUGUUUUCAAGCUCUGAGAAUGCGAGCUUUAACUGGUUUUCCAUUGAUAGAGAUAUCAAUUGAUAAUAAUGUGCUGGAAGAAAGUCAGGAGGCAAGUCCAUCGCACACCAAGGGCUGUACCACACCAGCGGCGACUGUGACAGCUAUACUGGAGUCAGAUUUGCCUCAAAUUGUAUCUGUCAUUCGGUCAUGCUCGCAUGGUAUUAACAAGGUGGUAGAGUCUUUGCAACAGAAGUUUCCCACCACACCAAAGUCCCAUCUACGAAGUAAAGUGCGUGAAAUAUCAGAUUUUGUGGAUAACCGAUGGCAGGUUAAGAAAAAUAUUCUGGACAAGCUUGGUUUAUCAAUUUCACCAGUCUCAGAGAAGGGUGGUGGAAGAACAAAGAGUAUUGCCACAUUUUUCUCAAAAAGGUGUCUCCCUCCUGCUGGCAAGGUGUUCAACCCCAAUGAGACCUCUCCCCAAUCAUCCCAGAAACCUGCCACAACUGUUCAACAGCAGCAGUAUACAUACAAUCAUCAAUAAACUCUUGCAGAGUUGAUCCUCUGCGGUACAGCACGCGUGCUGUACUGCAGAGGAUCCAGACUCUAGCCUCUUGGUCUCCACUCUUUUGCUUCUGUCACCCCAACCUGGAAACCUGCCACAGCUGUUCAACAGCAGCUGCAUUAAGCAUACCAAUCGUCAGGCUCUUCUUGGUCUACCACUCUUUGGUUUGCUUUUGUCACCUCAACCCAAUUUUUUAUUGCCCGCAUUUUAUGUGGCAUGUGAUCAUGCAGCUCCUCUAAUGCAGACCCUCUUAUGCACAUUGCAUACACAAUGUUUUGUUAAAGAUGUCAGAGAGUUGAAAUGGUCACCUGUUGCAGAUAUCUUUUAAGGUGAAGUUUUGCUUGGUACCAGGUUUCAAAUUGGAUAAUGCAAGAAUUGAGGAGACUGCUUUCUGUCUAUGAAAUGUAAUUUGCAGCCCUGCUUGUGUUCAAACUUCAACAUUUAACUGUUCGUAACAAGUUUUGAUAUAAAUUUGUUCCCCAAAAAAAAAAAAAAAAAAAAAAUUGGAGUUUGUAGUGACCUACAUCUGAACUGCACAAAAGGGCCUGACCCUUGUGCUUGUUUGCUUAAAACCUGCUCUUUCAUUUAGAUGUACAAUUUUUUAACUUAAAAUAUUUUUAUCCUCUUUUGGUGUUUGA